ACUCCGCCCACGGCAGGAGACGAGGUAGAGACCGGGAGACAGUCAGAUACACACAUAGGAUCAGUGGUAUCCUUACAGUAACAGAAACGGUCACCCCCCAAUGUCACCCACGGUAUCUCUCACCUACAAUCACGGGACGUGAUGUAAAAUACAGAAGCACCCUGCACUGACAGAAUCCGUUGCUUCUUUCGUGUGCAAGCACAAAGGUGUGCAGCAACAGUCACACGAACCGCCACACCCGAGCAUUCUCUUGCGCGCAGCUUGGCCACUUUGCUCCACACAGCAGCUCACCGUCCCUCGAGCGCCCGGGAGCGUCCAUAGCCCUCUCCCGUAUCUGCGCUGCUGGCGCAGGCGCGCAGUGGGGGGGGCCGCGGGGUCCUCUGGGAGAUGUAGUUCAGCGAUGACGGCCGUGGCGCAAAGCGUUCUGGGGCUCGUGGUUCGCGGGGUCCGUGGGGAACUUGGUGUCGCUGGUUCAGAUCUCGCAGAGCUCAGAGUCCUGCACGCCUGUCCUCGUCUCGCUCCUCCUCGCGGAGAAUUCUGGGAGGUGACGUCGCGGGUCUCGGUCGCGGGGCCCGUUUGCAGAGCCCGCGGCGCCGGGAGGACUUUGUUCUUCUUCAGAAGAGAAAACUGAAGAAGGAGGAAUGGCCGUGGGACUUUGUAAAGCCAUGUCCCAGGGGUUGGUGACCUUCAGAGAUGUGGCACUAGACUUUUCCCAAGAAGAGUGGGAAUGGCUGAAGCCAUCUCAGAAGGAUUUAUACAGAGAUGUCAUGUUGGAGAACUACAGGAACUUGGUAUGGCUUGGACUCUCCAUUUCUAAGCCCAACAUGAUCUCCUUACUGGAGCAAGGGAAGGAACCAUGGAUGGUGGAGAGAAAGAUGUCACAGGGUCACUGUGCAGACUGGGAGUCUUGGUGUGAAAUCAAGGAAUUGUCUCCAAAAUGGUUCACUGAUGAAGAUGAAAUAUCCCAGGAGGUGGUAAUGGAAAGGCUAGCAAGUCAUGGCCUUGACCACUGCAGUUUCAGAGAAGCCUGGAAAUACGAGGGUGAAUUUGAGCUACAUCAGGGAAAUGAGGAGAAGCCUUUCAUGCAAGUGAUUAAGGAAAUCUCUACUGGGGAAAGAGACAAUGAAUAUAGUGAUUCUGGGAGAAGCACACCCCUGAAAUCAGUAUUUUUAAGACAACAGAAAGUUCCUACCAUACAGCAAGUACAUAAAUUUGAUAUUUAUGAUAAAAUCUUCCCCCAAAAUUCAGUCAUAAUUGCAUAUAAAAGCCUCUGUGCUGAGAAGGAAUCUUUGAUAGGUAAUGAAUGUGAAGAAUUCAACCAGAGUACAUACUUUAGUAAAGAUAUAGGAAUUCCUCUUAGUGAGAAACAUUAUGAAAGUAAUGAUUUUUCAAAUCUCUUAAGUUUCCACUCAUUACUUACUCAACAUCAGACCACUCAUUUUGGAAAGUUACCCCAUGGAUAUGAUGAAUGUGGUGAUGCCUUUAGCUGUUACUCGUUCUUGACUCAACCUCAGAGAAUUCACAGUGGGGAGAAACCAUAUGCAUGCAAUGACUGUGAAAAAGCAUUUAGCCAUGACUUCUUUCUCAGUGAACAUCAAAGAACUCAUAUUGGGGAGAAACCUUAUGAAUGUAAGGAAUGUAACAAAGCCUUCAGACAGAGUGCACACCUUGCUCAACAUCAGAGGAUCCACACUGGAGAGAAACCGUUUGCAUGCAAUGAAUGUGGGAAGGCCUUUAGCCGUUAUGCCUUCCUCAUUGAACAUCAGAGAAUCCACACAGGUGAGAAACCAUAUGAAUGUAAGGAAUGUAACAAAGCCUUCCGACAGAGUGCACACCUUAACCAACAUCAGAGGAUCCACACUGGAGAGAAACCCUAUGAAUGUAAUCAGUGUGGAAAAGCCUUCAGCAGACGCAUAGCCCUUACUCUGCAUCAAAGAAUUCACACAGGAGAGAAACCUUUCAAAUGUAGUGAAUGUGGGAAGACCUUUGGCUAUCGCUCACACCUGAAUCAACAUCAGAGAAUUCAUACCGGAGAAAAGCCCUAUGAGUGCAUCAAAUGUGGGAAGUUUUUUAGGACUGACUCACAACUGAAUCGGCAUCAUAGAAUUCAUACUGGAGAGAGACCGUUUGAAUGCAGUAAAUGUGGGAAAGCCUUCAGUGAUGCUUUAGUUCUAAUUCACCACAAGAGAAGUCAUGCAGGAGAGAAGCCCUAUGAAUGUAACAAAUGUGGGAAGGCUUUCAGUUGCGGCUCUUAUCUUAAUCACCAUCAGAGAAUUCAUACUGGAGAGAAACCCUAUGAAUGUAAUGAAUGUGGGAAGGCUUUUCAUCAGAUCUUGUCCCUAAGGCUACACCAGAGAAUUCAUGCUGGAGAAAAACCUUAUAAAUGUAAUGAAUGUGGGAAUAAUUUUAGCUGUGUCUCAGCCCUUAGACGACAUCAGAGAAUUCAUAAUAGAGAAACACUCUGAUUAUAACAAAUAGAGGAAAGAAAACAUUGGGUUGCCAUCAGUCCUUAUUGAAAAUUAGUGAGUUCUUUUUGGUUAGUAAUUCUUUGCAUGUAGUUCAUAUUUCAGUUUAUGAGUAUUAUUUGAAGUAAUUCAUUAGUAGAUGUCCAUUACUUUUGUUUUGUUUUGUUUUGUGUUUUGAGACAGAGUCUUGCUCUGUUGCCCAGGCUGGAGUGCAGUGGUGCCAUCUUGGCUCACUGCAGCCUCCACCUCCUGGGUUCAAGCAAUCCUCCUGCCUCAGCCUCCUGAGUAGCUGGGAUUACAGGUGCCCACCACCAUACCUGGCUAAUUUUUGUAUUUUUAGUAGAGAUGGAGUUUCACCA